CGCCUGGGCCGGGCCAGACCUUCCCUCCCCUCCCCUCCCCUCCUGGGCCUCGGUACCGGCGGCCUCGGCCUUGGGGAGGCUGUCACCUUGGCAGGGGAGAAAUCCUCUAUACGUGCGCUCGUGCGGAGGUGCCUACCGAAAGCUAAGUAGAUGAGAUCACUGCAUGCUCUCUCUUUUGGAAGAGGUGGUCAAAGGAAAUGGAUAGCUAUUCAGACUUCAGUGCAGAGAACCUCUCAUCUUCAGCUAACAUGUCUAUUUCUUUGCCUGGACAAGUUGGACUCAAUACCACCAGUGGUCCUCCUUCUAUGUCAAUAAGCAGGCUUUUCCCAGCCCUGUUAGAAUGCUUUGGAAUAAUUCUUUGUGGCUACAUAGCUGGAAGAGCCAACAUUAUCACGUCAACUCAGGCCAAAGGACUGGGAAACUUUGUCUCACGUUUUGCACUCCCAGCACUAUUGUUCAAAAACAUGGUGGUACUUAACUUUUCUAAUGUGAAUUGGUCUUUCCUGUACAGUAUCUUAGUUGCCAAAGCUGCUGUGUUUUUCUUAGUCUGCGUUUUAACCCUGUUGGUAGCCAGUCCUGAGAAUCGAUUUAGCAAAGCAGGUUUGUUCCCUAUAUUUGCUACACAAAGCAAUGACUUUGCACUGGGAUAUCCUAUAGUUGAAGCUUUAUAUCAAACCACUUACCCAGAGUAUCUCCAGUACAUUUACCUAGUGGCUCCAAUAUCUCUUAUGAUGCUAAACCCUCUGGGGUUUAUCUUCUGUGAAAUCCAGAAGUGGAGGGAUAAUCGCACUGUGUCCCACAGCAAAUUCAAAAUAGUGGGCCUGGCACUCCUUCGAGUUCUGCAGAACCCGAUUGUAUUCAUGGUCUUCAUAGGAAUUGUCUCAAACUUUAUUCUUGGCCAGAAAAUUCCUGAAUACCUUGAAAAUUUCCUUGACGGACUGGGCAGUUCAUUUUCUGGCUCUGCACUUUUUUACCUUGGACUAACCAUGGUGGGGCAAACAAAAAAACUGACAAAGGGUAUGUUUGUUGCACUGAUCCUUCUCAUCACAGCUAAACUACUUAUGAUGCCAUUUCUUUGUAGAGAGAUGGUAGAACUCCUGGACAAGAGUGACAGCGUAGUCAACCACACCAGUUUAUCAAACUAUGCAUUUCUCUACGGAGUUUUUCCAGCAGCUCCUGGCGUUGCAAUAUUUGCAGCUCAAUUUAAUAUGGAAGUGGGAAUUAUUACCUCAGGCAUGGUGAUAAGCACGUUUGUGUCUGCACCUAUCAUGUAUGUUUCUGCGUGGCUGUUGACCAUUCCAUCUAUGGAUCCCAACCCGCUGGCAUCUGCACUCCAAAAUGUUAGCUUUGACAUCAGUAUUGUCAGCCUCGUUUCUCUGAUUUGGUCUCUCAUUGUUGUUCUUCUGAGUAAGAAAUACAAACAGCUUCCUCAUAUGAUUACAACAAAUCUCCUUGUUGCUCAGUUUAUUGCUUGCAUUGGAAUGGUGAUCUGGAAUUUCAUUGUUAAAGAGAAAGACAUCACAUUGCAGAUCCUAGUAUUUAUAUUUCUCUACAGCUCACUUUAUAGCACCUACCUGUGGACAGGUUUUCUAUCUUUCUCUUUGUUUCUGUUGAGGAAGAGAGAAACAGUAAAGAUUCCCAUUGGGUUUAUUAUCAUAGCUGGAUGGGGAAUCCCAACACUUCUGGUGGGGAUCUUGUUAAUAGUUGGUGAACAUAACGGCACUACCGUUGACUCUGCCUUUUUCUAUGGAAAACAGCAGAUAAUUACCACAGCAGUGAUCCUGUUCAUCAGUAUAUUGAUGUCAGGCAUCUCACUUAUGUGUAUGAACAGAAAUAGACAAGAGUCAAGCUAUGAGGUACUGAACCCAUAUUCACCUCGUAGCCAAGUGGAGGAGGUUGAGGUGGAAGGGAAUGCAGGGAAUCGAGUUUCAGCCACUGUGCCUCAACCUUCUGCAGGGUUUUCUGCUGAACCUUCUGUGGCAUCUUCUGCACAGCCAUCUCCAGAAAGAGGUUGCUGUUCUUGUCAGACAACAAAUGGGGAAUUACCCUGUGCUAACGAGAGUAAAGCAGUGCCAAAUGCUGUUGAAAGCAAGGUUCCUUCCAUUGAAACAGCUGAUCAGUGUGUGAGUCAUUGCAGUGCUCGAACCUGUGUACUGGCUCAGGAAGAACAGCUUCUACAGACUGGAGACAAACAGCUGGCCAGACACGUGCUGCUGUGUUUACUUCUUGUUGUUGGCUUGUUUGCUAAUCUUUCCAGUUGUUUAUGGUGGCUGUUCAACCAAGAGCCUGGAAGGCUGUAUGUGGAAUUGCAGUUCUUUUGUGCUGUGUUUAAUUUUGGUCAGGGCUUCAUUUCCUUUGGUAUUUUUGGCUUAGAUAAGCAUUUAAUCAUUCUGCCAUUCAAGAGAAGACUUGAAUUUCUCUUGGGAGGCAGAGAAGCAGCAGAGCAUACAGAUCCCACUCUACCCGAGGAAAUCAGGAUGACCUGUCAACAGUUUGUUCGUUAUCAUAGAGAUCACUGUGUCAAAAGCAUUGUCAAAGGCAGAAGGUGUGGUGCAAAGAUCUCCACUGGCAUCUUCUUUGGCUGUGACCUGGUGAACUGGCUCAUCCAAGUUGGCCUUGCCUCUGACCGUGGUGAAGCUGUGAUGUAUGGAGACAGACUGAUGAAAGGAGGCGUCAUCCAGCACAUUACGAAUGAAUUUGAAUUUCGGGAUGAAUAUUUGUAUUACCGCUUUAUUCCUAAGAGAUCAACUACAGCCGAGAGCCAAUAACCUGAGCAUGUAGACGGAGGAUGGGCAGGUGGGGGUAAACGUGACCAUCUCCUCUGCAUUUGCCACCGCACCUGGAAGUGUCCCUUUCUCAGGGCUCCUAGGGAGUUGUGUCACACUCUCUUGUGAAAUUACAAAAUGUGGUUCUACUUGUGUCUAUGCUGAAGAAAACAGUAGCAAGUGAUAUUCUCAGUGAGUGUUCAAACCAGAAUGCAGCUAGAACAAAACAAGGUACUCUGGAUUUAGAGCAUUUUCUCAAUUUUCAGCAAAACAAAUAGUACAAUUAUGUGCAUCACUGAUGUUUUUAUACCUGCACUGUAACAGCAGCUUUAGUGACUGGUGCCACAGUUGGGGCAGGGGGGGAAACAUGUGAAUGAGAGGAAUAUUUUAUAUUGCCAUAUGUUUUCUUUAUUUCAGUGUGAUUUAAGGUCAGGCUUCCCACUGACUUGACAAAAAAUAGGAUUUUUUUUUCUGUCAUAGCCCAGUUUUUACUGCUGUGCACUCUUGUCUAACACCAGAUUUUUAUUUUUUUUUUUUACCCUGGAUGAGGCAGUUUUUUUCUUCCUUAAAGAUAAAACCCUCCAUUCAUGAUAGAAGAAUUGUUGUGAAGAUGAGUAUGAUAUAAGAGGAUUAAAGCUGAGGAAAUAGAGUGGGAGGAAAAAAAGGUUUUGUACAAAGAUACCAUAAAAACUUAUAUAUAAAAAGAAACAGUAACCAUGACUUCCCGUGCUAGGGAGCAAUAUAAUGGAUUUUAUAUAUCUAAACAAUUGGUUCUGAAGUUUGGCCUUUUGGCAUUACUAACAGCUUUGUCAAGAUUUGGGGUUUACCUUCUGAAAUAAGCCUUUCCAUUUUAAUUCAGAAGUGCAAGCCUCAAACAAAGACGUUAUGGAAGCCCUGGAUACCUGUGCAAGUUAUGACCGAAAAUUUUAUCAAAUUAUAAAAACUUCUAAAUGACGUGCAAUGACUUCUAAAUCUAUUUUAGAAACAGUUGUAACAGAACAUCAAAGCUGGGCUUUAGAAAAACUGUAGACCUUAAAAUGUUAUUGGGUAUGUAACAAAGUUUCCUAGUAAGUCUCAGCAUCCCUCUGUGACAUUAAGUAGGUACUUCAGUGUCAUUCAGUGUCCUGUGCACUGAAAGCACAAUGUGAGAACCCGAACCCCUACAUCUGGCAGCAUACUUUUGAAAAGGUUAAAGACAAACCAUACUAUCUGACAGCUGCCCUGCUAAAAUUGUAAGAAUGGCAUUUGUUUGUCUUCGUAAAAUAUUACAUAGUGCAGGGAAGGAACAUAGGUACUUGGGGGAAAAAAAUGCUUACCUGGAACAGUCAAGCAUUUGACUCUUCUCAUCCUUCUUUUUUUUUAUUUUUUUAAUACAUAUAUUUUAUUACAGCUACUUAUGCGUCUACUUUUUAUUAAGAAUUAAAACUGAUUUUAGCAACAUAAACUGCUGUUCAGGAAACAGUCAUUUUAUGGUAGCUAUAACUCCAUGCAAGACUUAUAUUGGAAAAAUAAUUCUUUUUACUGUCAGUCUUAUUGCACAUCUGCAGUCUGCACUGAAACAUAACUGUGUAUGUAUACUAUACAAGCUGACAUUUUAAUGUUUUCCAACAACAAAAUAAUUUACAUUUGUAUCAGGCUGCGGCCGCAAAGAAAAUGAUAGCUUAUUUCCAUUACAAUUGCUGAAGACAGCUACAUCAGGUAUUUUGGAAUAAUUAAAUAUAUGUGGCUUAAGAGUAGAAGCUGUGAGUAUGUCUGGCUUCUAAAUACUGUAACUUAUCAAUAAAUCUAUUAUUUGAUUUCAGA